AUGGCGGGUAAAUAUUCCAGGGAAGUAAAUGAGCAAAAGCUGACAAGUAGUGAUGGAAAAACAGUGGAAUUCAGGAUAGCAAAGCUUAACCAGGUGUGGGAGAAGGCUCAAAGGAUGCAGUUGUCUCCAGGGCGACAGGCGGAGCUGCACAGUGACCUGAAGAUCCAGGAGAAAGAUGAGCUGCAGUGGAAGAAGCUCAAGGUGGAGGGACUGGAUGAAAACGGAGAGAAAGAAGCACAGAUCCGGCGAAACUUUAAUGUGAUUCUGGCCAAGUACGGCAUGGACGGCAAACGUGACACUCGACCCAUGGAGAGCAACUCCCUGAAGGACCACGACAUCAAGGAGGGCGACCAAUUCGAGGACCCCAGACUCGACAAACUCUGGAAUAAGGCUCAGAUCUCUGGGAAGUUCUCCAGCGAGGAGCUGCUGAGUCUGAAGAGAGAGUUCCAACAUCACAAAGACAAACAGCACGAGUACAACAUCCUCAUGGACACUGUGAGCCGGACCGAGGAAAUCCACAAAAACGUGAUCUCACCGCUGGAGGGCGACACCAAGGAGCACGUGCUGCACCAGAAACACACAGACCUGAAGCUGAAGAUGAGGGACCUGAACCAGGGCUUUGAGAGGCUGAGGAAGAUCAGCCACGAAGGAUUCACCGAGGACAGCGAGUUUCGGGAGCCUCGUGUGAUCGAGUUGUGGGAGGCGGCCAAGAGAUCCAACCUCACGCAGGACGAGCUGGACUCUCUCAAGGAGGAACUGCACCAUUUUGAGACCAAGGUGGAGAAACACAACCAUUACCAGGAGCAGCUGGAGCUGUCCCAUCAGAAGCUGCAGCACGUGGAGAGUCUGGGCGACGAAGAGCACAUCCGGAGGAACCAGGACAAGUACAACACGCUGGCGGAGAAAACCAGGGAGAUCGGAUACAAGAUGAAGAAACACAUGCAGGACUUGGCCAACAAAAUCUCCCAGCAAGGACUGCAGCACAACGAGCUGUGA